UACAAUUUCCCAGUCACGCGAUAUUAAAAAAUCCUUUCGAAUUAUUCUUUUAAAAAAACGAAACAUGAUGUGAACCUCUUCACGAGUUAAGUUUUCCCAUGCCGGGUUCGAUGCCGAUAUAAAAGUGAGGAGGCUCCUCAGGAGAUGGUCAGUUCACCCGGGAGCUCAGAACGGCCACGAAAAUUGCUCCCCACGGGCACGGCAGUCCUGCGCGCGCGUACAUCGCCUACCACAAGCUCGGCGGCGCCAUGGACACCCAGACCCCGCCGCAGGAAUGCGAGUGCGGCGUGCAACCAUCCGUCUUCUACCUGCUCGCCACGCUUCUUCUUACGAGUUGCUCAACGGCGAUGCUAUGCGCGUCCAUCAUGACAGACCACUGGGAGCACGUGGUGUGGGAGCGAGCCGCUCUGGCAGCGCUGGCCAACGCGUCCAGCACUACGUUACAGUGGCUACUGGACGAGAAAGUCGCUAAAGGAUGGUGCGAGUCGGCAGCAUGCGAAUGUGGCAUACCAAAGCAGACAAUCCGCCAUAUGGUGCUGGAAUGCCCUAACACCAAAUUCAAUGGCAGCUUUGAAGAGCUCAAAACCUUAAAUGGGAAAGCCGUGGACUAUUUUAAGACUUCUAGGUUUAAUUUUUAAUUGUACAAUGCAGUGACA